GCACAAAGACAAGAGAGAGAGAGAGAGAGUAAAACUAGGGUUUUAACCUUUUCAGUCUCAACUCCUUUUAUUUCCUUUACUCUUCUUCUUCCUCAUAUCUUCUUCAUUUCUUUAUCUACUUGACAUAGAUUUUUUCUGUACUUAAAGUCGUAUCUACAUGUGUUUCUGUGUCUCUUCUGGAACCAAAGAGAGAUAAUAACAAUAAUUAUAAUUGAAAAAGCACAAAUAUACUUAUCUUAAUAUAAAUCUCUCUUUGCUAUAUAUAUUGAGAUCACUCCCGUCUUUAUCAAAUUCUUCUUCCUCUCCCCUUUUCUAAUCCAGUCGAUCUCAUGUAGAUCUGAUCAUUUUCUCAUGCAAUCGAGAUAAAUCAUUUAGCUAUUGAUCUAAAGGAAAUGAAGAAUAGUAAAUGUAACCUCAUAGAUUCAAAGCUCGAAGAACAUCAUCAUCUUUGCGGAUCAAAACAUUGUCCUGGAUGUGGUCGCAUGAUUCAAGCUGCUACUAAACCAAAUUGGGUUGGAUUGCCGGCAGGAGUGAAGUUCGAUCCGACAGAUCAAGAACUCAUAGAACAUCUAGAAGCAAAAGUGAAGGGAAAAGACAAAAAUGAGAAAUGUUCAUCGUCUCAUCCACUAAUAGAUGAGUUUAUUCCCACCAUUGAUGGAGAAGAUGGGAUAUGUUAUACUCAUCCUCAGAAGCUUCCAGGAGUGACAAGAGAUGGCUUGAGCAAACACUUCUUCCACAAGCCAUCGAGAGCUUACACAACAGGAACAAGAAAACGACGCAAAAUCAUCCAAACAGAUCACGACUCGAAGUUAACCGGAUCAUCAGAAACCAGGUGGCACAAAACGGGAAAGACAAGACCGGUUAUGACCAACGGUCAACAAAGAGGAUGCAAGAAGAUAUUAGUACUCUACACAAACUUCGGCAAGAACCGACGACCGGAGAAAACAAAUUGGGUAAUGCAUCAAUAUCAUUUGGGGAUUAAUGAAGAAGAGAGAGAAGGGGAGCUUGUAGUAUCUAAGAUCUUUUAUCAGACACAACCUAGGCAAUGUGUAAGUAAUAUCCAUUGGUCUGAUCAUCAUGGUUCCAAGGAGGUGACUGGAAUUGGUGUCGGUGAUGAGAUCUCCGGCGUAGCUGCAGCGUUGCAGAGUCUUGGCUCCGGUGAUGUCGUUUCUAGGGUUAGGACGAAUCCCUAUACAAGAGGCUUUGAUGAGGGGACAGCCGAAGCUUCAAAGGGAAGAGAAAACCAGCGUGUGUCUGGCACGUGCGAGGAAGUACAUGAUGGGAUCAUAAGACCAUCAACAACAUCAUCAGUGUCAUCUCAUCAUAUGAUUCAUGAUCAUAAUCAACAUCAUCAAAUCGGAGAUAGAAGAGAAUUUCACAUAUCAUCAUAUCCGAUGACCCUUACUAUCACAUCGCAACAUGAGUCAAUCUUCAAUGUCACAAGUACUAUGCCCUUUCAGCAGCAGCAAUUAAGAGGUCGGUCGUCUGGUUCGGGAUUAGAAGACCUAAUAAUGGGUUGUACCACAGCUACUUCCACAGAAGACGAGCAUUCAGAAGCAAACCCACAGCAAAAUGCAGAGUGGUUAACGUUUCCACCCUACUGGAACCAAGCCGGAUCAGAGGGUCAAAACCAUAAAUUUUAACAGAACCAAAAAGGAAGCAGAGAAGUCUUUGCAAAAAAAACUCCUGAC